UGUUCUUUGUAGCAGUCAUUGAUAUUGUCGUAAAUGGUUCCGGCCGGAAGUAUACCGACUUUAGGCACUACACACGGAGUUUUCUGGAGGCGCAUGCUGUUGAUAGCGAAAGUACCUAAAGUUAUGUCGCAAGAGAACGGAAAAAGUGUUGAGGCAUCCCCGUUGACACUUUUAACAGAUAGUGAUAACAUUGAGGUUGGUUCAGAUGAUAGACCAAGCAUUCCUUCUUUGUCGGCAAGAAAUGUUAUAGAAGACUCUUCAAUUGAUUCUUUGAAAAAUGGGAUAACAGAUAUGCCUGUGACUGAAACAAGUGCUGAAAAUAUGGAUGCAGCUAAUGUGUCAGUGGUACCUAAAAGUUCAACUAGUGGCUCAGGGCAAGAUGUCAGCAGAGAGAACCAUCUUUCAGCAGAAAUCAAACAGGAAAAGGAUUCAGAAUAUCAGCAGCUGAAUGGUACACAGAAAGUUGAAAAUAACUGUGACAAAUCAGAAACAUGCGUAGAGGAGACAGAAAGCAUUUCCUCACACUUAGCAGCUUCUGUGCAGGAAAUAGAGGAGUGUAGCUCAAACCUAGAUGAAGCUAAGAAUGAUGAAUGGAUGGAUAUUUUGGGAAAUGGUCAAUUGAAAAAAAAGGUAUUAAAUCAAGGCAGAGAAAACUCACGCCCUACACAAGGCAGUCUGGUAACUGUGAAAGUCCAAAGUUUCCUGGAGAAUGGAAUCUGUUUUCAAGACAACACUGAAACCUUCAUUCUUGGUGAUGGGGAUACACUAUCUGCAAUUGAUCUGACAGUUGCACUUAUGAAUUUUGGUGAAAAAGCAGAAGUAACAUCCUCUUCUAGGUUUGCUUAUGGAAAACAUGGAAGAGAACCAGAUAUUCCUGCAGAUGCAGAUGUCCAUUUUACCCUUGAGUUGCUGGAUGUCCAGCCAGGACCAGACGUAGACAAACUCCCUACUAUUGAACGACUUGCUUAUGGAGAGAAGAAGAGAGAACGUGGCAAUGAGCUGUUUGGGCGCAAGGACUUUUCUGGUGCUAUCAAUUCUUAUUCAAAGGCAAUCAAGUUUGUUGAUGCUGGUGGUGGUGGCUUAGAUGGAGAGGCCUCAGUUUUGCAGCAGAUGUUAGAUUGCAAGCUCAAAUGCUACAACAAUAUGGCUGCCUCACAGCUGAAGAUAGGAGCUAUUGAGGCGGCUAUGCGGUCUUUACAUGAGGUCUUGGGAGUUCAGCCUGACAACAUCAAGGCUCUUUAUAGGCUUGGAAAAGUAUACUCAUCCAAAGGCCAAACUGAACAAGCUGUAGCAAUCUUAAAGAAAGCUUUAAAGCUAGAUCCAGAAUCUAAGCUUUUGCAUCGAGAACUUUCAUGGUUGACUAAACAGCAGCAAAGAGAAGCAGAGACAGAGAAGUCCCUGUACAAACGAAUGAUGGGUGAUAUAUCUGUAACAGCAAAAAAGCCAAACAAGAAACAAGGAGGAGGCGUGUUGAAAUGGACACUUCUGGCCGGGGGAGCGAUCGCAGCAGCUGCUUCAGUUUUGUUUGCAUAUUACAAAUACGGUCAUUGACAGAAACAGCUCAAACUUUCAAAAAAUUCCUCAUUAUUAUCUCACUAUCAUUUUAUAAAAUGUUUACCUGCUCACCUACAAGAAUGUUUAUGCAUGAUUUUGAGUUGUGAACCUCUUGAGAAAGUAGUACUUGACCUAACUGCUAGCUGAGAUGUAUCUGAUGCAUUACAUAGGUUUUGCAUACUAAAUCAUAUUAUCAUAUCCGGUGUUAAUGGAAAACACUUUUCCAUUUAACAACAACUAUUGCUAGCUAACAUGCAUCUUAUUAGAUGUUUCCAUUUUGCGAAAGCAAGGAACUAUAAUUUCUGCUUACAAGCACUGUGCAGUGAAAAAGCCGAUUAAAAGGUCUCAUAGGUUAGGCCAGAGUAAGGUUAAGUAACAAGAACAGAUCAGUUGAAGACCAGUUGCACAUCCAGAAAUUUUGUGUAUACUUUUUCUAUAUAGCACUGAACAGUAGAUAUGAGAAAGUAGAGAACAAAUGACAGACAAUCCUUUCACAGCACACUAUUGUAUAGAGACUAUUUUUAAUGACAGCAGCAGCAGUGUGCACCACAAAAUCCCACUUUAUAUGAUGCAAUGUUGGCAUUUAAAAUCACGUCAUUAAAUAAUUUCAUGCAUCUGAAGUACUUGAUCGAUAUUCUGACAGUUGUGCAGUUGUUUAGAUAUAAUAACAUAGUAAUUAAAGAUUACAGUUAUGUGCUUUCCUGCAAAAGAUGCUAUUAUGUGAACUCAUUGUCUUUGCAGAACUGAUCACUAUUUUGUGUUGAAAACUAUAAGUUAUUCCAGGGGACUCUUGUUAAUGUGUAAAGAGAGAAAAAGGGUGCUCUGUCCUAUAUAGUUACACCAUCAGACUAUUAAAAGUAAAUGAAAAUACCAGGAAAGCACUUGCAGCUUGUAGAAAUGUUGCAAGAUGAGCUCUAUUGGUUAGUCAUUAUUUUGGCCUUCAAAUCACAUGAUUAACUGUAUUCUAAAUAAUCUUGGAUAAGAAUAGAAUAUUUUGAACCAAAGGUUUCAGGCAGUUCUAUGAAAGCUUUAGGAAUAAUAGACCAACUCUUCAGCAUAAAGUGGGUACACAUUAAAACCAAAAAUCUUUUAUGAUCAUUUGCUUGGGUGUCUAGAAGGUAACUAUCAAAUGCAUUCCACACCAAAUACCUAUACUUGAGUGCUUGGCCAGGUGUUUUUGUUUCCCAUUUUCUUGUUCAUUAACAACUAUGUAAAACAACAGAGUUGUGUGCCAUACUUUUCCAUUUUUUUAAAAAACUUUCACCAGAAUGUGCAAAUAUUAUAUAGUUAGAUUUCAUUUAGAUAAGCAGCGUGUUACAUGUCUUUCAUUGUGAGUUGUUUCCAUCAUUGAACACUUUACAAACUGGUUUGAUGUACCAGAUGAAGUUUAAACAUAGUUGUGAGGAGGAAGGAGACCUUGGUUAUCUUCUAGUAUUUUAUACCUGUGCAGCUGGCCCGGGAAUGUCUGUAUGUCUAGAAAAAAUAUAUAGUAGGCUUUGUUGGAAAUAUAUUGAUGUUAUCUUUGUGACAAGCAUGAAUAAAAUCUAUCAAGUUGUACAGAAAAACAAAGUCAAUGUAAUUGAGCACCUAUUAGAAGCAGUUUCAUUGUUUUAACAACCUCGAGAAACUGAUAAUCUGUUGUUUCAACAGUGUAACUACUUUGGUUAUAAAAUCUUUCAUUUUAAUAUAGAUAUAGAAGCUUGAAUGAUUUUUAUUGUAACUUCAUCUCAUUUUAGGCAGUUCAUACAAAUAUGACCUUAUUGUCUUAUACAAAUAAGGAUGCAAGGUAUGAUGAAGAUCAUACACACUUUCUCAUAAUACAGGAAGUAUAAGGAGCAGCAACUUCAUAAAUUUCUAAAUACCAUUUGCUAACAGGGCUUACUUCCCUUCAAUCACAACUAGCACAAUCUGUGUGAAAAAUGUAUUUUGCGCACCACCUGUUCAAAUUUAAGAUGACAACCAAUCAGAAUUCCCAUACUAAUGAACAUCAUUUUGGAUCAUAUUUUAUACUGGUUUUCCAUAAUCACUGGUAAGUUAAUCAUGCCAAUGUACAGCCACCUUGUAGAGAAAAGGUGUACACUAUGCAAGAAACUGAGUCAAACAUAAUGAUGUUUUUAUAAAACCAAAACAGCUAUGGUUUAAUUUCAUUAAAGUACUUAGAUAUCUGGUAAAAACCAAUAUCUAACAGUGGGAAAAUGUAUCUGCUCUUCCAUUCUGGAAAAAGGCUGCUCCUCAGCCAUAGCUUGACUAACUGGACUAUUUUGACAUUUGAAUAGAGCAACUCAGCGCAGUGCACUGUUUUCAAACAGCUGUUGUCUUCUUGUGUCCAUAAAUGAUAUCUAGAUGGUGAUACACAAAUGGUAAAGAAAAUACUAUACUGCUUGAUUCUUUCAGUGCAGAUCCAUUAAAAAUUUUAUGAAAGUUUAAAAUGUAACCCUUUGGGCAUGAUGGGCCAUGAUUGUGGCUUUGUUGGGAAAGCAUGGGGAAUGCGAUUUUCAAAAUGUAUUUUUCAUAUUGCAAAAUUCAAACUUUCUUCUGUUUGAAUAUGUAUGUUUCUUGUAUGUAUGCAUCUUCUAAUGUUUACCUGAGAGCAGCAAUAAUAGAAAAAACCAACUAACUUCACCCAGUCAUCUUUAGUUAUUAGCCAGUGUAAUAUUUAUAGUUUUAUGUUGUGCUCAGAGGGUUAAGAUGUUUAGUUUGAGGGGUUGGGGGAGACCUGUUUAAAUCUCUUGGCAUAGCACAGACUAUCGAGCAAUUAUGCCUGUCAGGUUAUCUUCGGUCCGUAGCGACAACCUUAGGACAAGAUGUGGGACUUGGAUUUACUUACCAGCUCGGUACCUGUUUGCAUCUUAAAGAUGCUUUGUUUCAGGACCAUGACUGUGGGUCCAUGAAGGCCUGGCAUGUAUGCUUCCUUAUAUUUUUGUGGCAACAGUAAACAGAAUAUAUAAAAAUAAUGAUCUUGGUUUAUAAACAAUAACAGCACUGUCAACAAUGUGUGAAAGAAUAACUGUCUUGCUUUGUGUAAUAUGGCUGACAUUACACUGUUAAUAAACAAUUGAAGAACUGUCA